AUGGCUCCCAACAUUCCUACACAUAAAGCCACUACCAACCUGGCAAUACAGUGGAACAUUCUAGGUUUUAAAUCCCGCCUAUCUGAUAUUCAAAUUCUCGUUGCUAAAUUUUCUCCUAUUAUCUUAGCAUUGCAAGAAACUUUUGUCCCAGACACUGCCAUCAACCGAAAUUCCAUCAAAGGUUAUCAGCUCAUCACCCACAAAGAUCCCCUCAAUCCCUACAGUAGAGGCGUUGGUCUCGGUAUCAAAAAUGGUUUUCCUUUCUCACCAAUUCCUAUCCAAUCCAACCUCAACACCAUCUGCAUUCGCCUACAGGCUCCAAUAAAAAUCUCAGUUGUUUCCCUCUAUGCCUCACCAUCCCUCCCCUUCCAAGACUUUGCCAAAGGCUUCGAAGAACUCAUUCGUCAAAUUCCACCCCCCAUAAUACUAUUAGGUGACUUCAACGCUCAUUCUACCGAAUGGGGAGGUAAAACAAUUGACCGUCGUGGUCGUUUCCUCGGGGAUUUUACCCUAGCACAAAGCUUAACCAUCCUGAACAACGGCUCCCACACUCGUAUCUGUCCCAGCUCAGGAAACACUUCUGCUUUGGACCUUAGCAUCUCCUCUUUGUCACUCGCAUCUAAACUUAGCUGGAACGUUCUGGACGACAGUGGAGGAAGUGAUCACCUUCCAAUAUUAGUAAAACUAGAGCACCCGACCCCUAUAGCCGCCACCAGACCCCGAUGGCGAUACCAGGAAGCCGACUGGCUCGGCUAUCAAAAUCAUGUCGAUCAUCUUCUUUCACUCUCUGUCCCAAACAACAUCGACUCCUUCAACACGAUUCUUCUCGAAGCCGGCACCAAAUUUAUUCCCCGAACUAAUGGUACACCUGGUAAAACUGCUGUCCCUUGGUGGGGCCCUGAAGUCCGUGAAGCAAUAAAAUUAAGAAGAAAAGCCCUUCGAACACUAAGGCGUAUCCCCAACGACGAUCCACGAAAACAAAACGCCCUUGAGGUAUUCAAAAAUGCUAGAUCUUCCGCCAGGGCAGCAGUCCGCACUGCCAAGACAAACGCAUGGCAAACUUUUACUGAGGAAAUCCAUCCAAAUACCCCCUCUAAAGUCCUCUGGAACAAAAUCAAAGCUCUAAAUGGAGAACCUAGGAAAAACCAAUUUCACCUUCUUUUAAAUAGACACUAUACCAAUGAUCCAUCUUCACUAGCCGACGCGUUUUCCUAUCACUUUACCUCCACUACUUCUACCCUCAACAACAACAAUCCAACCACCACCAAUCGUCCCGUCCCACCACCCGUCGACUCACCUAUCUCUACUAUGCUCUCCACCCCGUACAAUAACAUUUACAAUUCCGACUUUAGCCUUGAAGAACUCCAUUCAGCUCUACGUAAAGUUAAGGGUUUGUCUUCCGGCCCCGAUGACAUUGGAUACCCAUUUCUCAAACACCUAUCCCUCCUUGCCAAAACCACCUUCCUAGAUAUAAUAAAUAAUAUUUGGAGCGAAGGACACAUUCCUGAGGAAUGA